AUGAAGGCGCUCGCGGAGAAGAUCGUGGAGGAAGACAUCGAGGGCGGCACCGCGGUCGAGCUCGGGAGCAUCGACUGGCGGACGUUCCCGGAUGGGUUCCCGAACCUCUUCGUCAACGACGCGCACGGGGUGAGGGACAGGCACGUCGCGUUUCUCGCGUCGUUUCACUCCCCGGAGGUCAUCUUCGAGCAGAUAUCCGUGAUAUACUCCCUGCCGAAGAUGUUCGUCGCGUCGUUCACGCUCAUCUUGCCGUUCUUUCCGACCGGGACGAGCGAGCGCGUGGAGAGAGAGGGCGAGAUCGCCACCGCGGUGACGCUGGCGAGGAUCCUGAGUAAGAUUCCGCUGUCGAGAGGCGGGCCGUGCUCGACGUUGAUCUUCGACAUUCACGCGCUCCAGGAGCGGUUCUACUUUGGCGAUAACAUCCUGCCGUACUUCGAGAGCGGCAUCCCGCUGCUGUUGAACCGCAUCGCGGAGUUAGACGACGCGGACAACAUCGUCAUCGCGUACCCGGACGAGGGCGCGAGGAAGCGGUUCGGCGUCUUCUUCAAGAGCUACGAGGAGGUGGUCUGCACCAAAGUCCGAGACGGGGAGAAGAGGCUCGUGAAGCUGAAAGAGGGCGAGCCCGCGGGGAGGCACGUGAUCAUCGUGGACGACCUCGUCCAGAGCGGAGGAACUCUCAUCGAGUGCCAGAAGUUAUUAUCCAGACUGGGCGCGAUGAAAGUUAGCGCGUACGUGACGCACGGCGUGUUUCCGAACGCAUCGUGGAAGCGAUUCACCGCGUCCUCGGGCGCGGGCGGGCAAGGGUUUUAUAAGUUUUGGCUCACGGACUCGUGUCCGGGGACCGCGGAGAACGUGAGCGGCGUCGCGCCGUUCGAGAUUCUGUCGUUGGCGCGGCCGAUCGCGGAGGCGCUGCAGGUGUAA